UCCGCAAUGGAGAAGAGGGAAGGUGAUAAUCGCACCAUUGAUCAGAAUGCAGGUCAGAGCAUCGUGCCGAGAAGAAAUACAGGAAACCUUAGCAACUUGAAUGUGGAUAUGCAAGUCACCAAUCCACCAGAAGCAGCUGCGCUUUUUAAUUUACAUCAAGCACACCAUUUUGGUGAGUUUGAACACUCUUCAGAACAACACUGCAAGCAGGAUCUGUUCCCCAAGUGGCACUUGCCAAUGAAGAUAGCAUCUGUGAUCUCAUUAUUAACAUUUAUUUACACUUCUAUGAGAGAUGUCAUAUAUCCUUUUAUAACCAGAAAGGAAAAUGUUUUCUAUAAAAUUCCAAUCCUUGUAAUAAACAAAGUUUUACCAGUGGUUUCAAUCACCCUUUUAGCACUAGUAUAUUUACCAGGAAUAUUAGCUGCUGGUUUCCAGCUGUACUUUGGCACCAAGUAUAAAAGGUUUCCGCAGUGGUUGGAUAGAUGGAUGUUAUCAAGAAAGCAAUUUGGACUUCUCAGUUUCUUCUUCGCUGCAAUGCACGCCUGCUAUAGCUUAUGCUAUCCAAUGAGAAGAUCAUACAGAUACAAGCUGCUGAACUGGGCGUUCCAGCAGGUCAAAUUAAAAAAAGAAAAUGCCUGGGUUGAACACGAUGUUUGGAGAAUGGAAAUUUAUGUGUCUCUAGGCAUUCUGGGACUUGCUUUGCUGGCCUUGUUGGCAAUAACAUCAAUCCCAUCUGUCAGUCACUCUUUGACCUGGAGAGAGUUCCACUACAUUCAGAGCAAGAUGGGAUAUUUAGCUCUGCUGCUAUGCACUAUUCACGCACUGGUGUUUGCUUGGAAUAAGUGGGUUGAUGUUAACCAAUUUAUCUGGUAUACACCACCUUCAUUUAUGGUAGCGGUUUUUCUUCCUAUUGUAGUUCUGCUUUGUAAAUGCAUACUGCUCCUCCCAUGUUUUAGGAAGAGGAUAAAAAAGAUCAGAUGUGGUUGGGAAGAUAACACACAAACCAAUCAAACCAGCAUGACUUCCAGACUGUAGAUCAAAUAUGGACAUUUUCUGUCUAUGUAUGGACAUUUCCUAUGUCUAUGUUCAUGUCAAGGCCAUGAAAUGUUCACUUGUGAGACUGUUUUCAUAUUUUCCAUAGAUGUUUCUUUUUCACUUUUCAUUUCGACUUCAGAAGUAUGGGAUACUUGAUGCAAUUUGGACCUUUGCUAAAACAGAAGGUGGAAACAUUCAUUGUACACUUUAAUCUAUUUGGUGUUCUGGCAUUUGAUCGUUUCUUUCUUCUGACUCACUGCUUUUAGAAACCGAGGGCUUCAUUGCCUCAGUCAUAAUUCUUUCACAGGCAAAAGCAAUCAUAAAUCAUUGCUCUAGAUGACCACAGAAAGUAAAUAA